CUAUACUUGUAUUCUAAAUAUUUAUAAUCCCAUAGGAUUAAUUGUUACAUCAUGGCAUGCGGCGGAAAUUCCUGCUUUUAUGGAUUUGGAUUGUCCCUGCUCAUUCUAGGAUUUGUAAUUGAUGUAAUCGGAGUAGCCUCUCCAUACUGGAUUUUAGGUGAAGCUGGCGGGGAAAAGGCAUAUGUAGGAUUGUGGCAGAUAUGCAGUUCCGGAUCAAUUGACACUCAUUCAGUUACCGAAUGUAUCGACGUUGCUGAGGUCCCAGAUUGGUUAAAAGCCGUGCGAGGUUUUGGAAUACUGGGAAUUAUCCUCCUGCUGAUCGCCGUCUUGGGUGCGUUUUUCAGAAUUUGUCUGAAGGAAAGAGCAUGGGUACUGGUCCUUGCCAUUGUGCUGUCCUUUAUGGCAGCCAUUUGCAUUGUGAUAUCUGUAUCGGUCUUCGGAGAAAAAUUCCACGAGAUCGUCAAAGACAGCAGUAUCUUCACCUUUCACUUUGCCUUCGUUUUCUGCAUUCUUUCAACCAUCAUUACGGGAAUCGCUGGAAUAUUCCUGAUAGUUGAAGUCGCAAAAAGAUCUUCCUACACUUCAAUAAACGGACGAUAAAACAGUUCCUUAUUGACAUGACACAAAAACAUUAGAUUUACUCGUGAAAGAGUAAAUAAUACAUUUUUUCUAGUAUACUAAUUGUUAUUACAAAAAUUAUAUGAAAUAAUUUUGCAGUACAAAACAAAAGUUUUCAGUUUAAAUAUGACUUCCAAUGUACAUGCUCAUGAUAUAUCAUAUAAUAAAAUGUAUAACUAACGGUUCGAUCAA